CAUUAGCCGGACAAAUCACACUGUCUCAUCGAUCAUAUUUCCCGGAGUCCCAACAUCGGCUAAACAGACGUUGCACGGGGUUUGAAUGCCACUCGGGAACCUUGCACUUCGCAUGCGCCACAAAUGAGGCCAAUGUUUUCACCGGUUGACAGCUGCGGGGACAGUUUCUUCGAUUCAGCUUCGUCCAGCAGGCGCACCGAAACGGCGAGAACGAUUCUGCGAGUGUUUACCUAACAAAUCGAAUCGAAACUCUCCACGUGCUUUCGCUCACGCACUAUCCUUAUAAAUCACACGCACGACCAACAACGAUGGGAAGCUUCUUUUCGCACCCGACCGGGAUGGAAGUGGUCAAGAAGAAUCAGGAAUACAUUUCCGAGAUGAACAAAAUCAAGAUGGAGCGCUGGAUACAGAUGCACUUCCAGAUGAAGGAACGGGAAACGGCGAUGCAGAUCUCGCGGGCCCGGGAGCUCUUCUACUGGCUCUCGUCGUUCUACGCCGUAACCACCAUCGGACUAAUCGGACGGUUCCGACUCACCAAGCGCCCCGGUACGCUUGCACCGAUCGUGCCCCUUUCGUUUGUCGUCGCUUACUAUGCGGAUCUUGCUUACGGGACAAAGAUUCAUCGAAUACAAGCCGAAGCGGAAAUGAUUAUGCAUAAUGAGCCGGAGCUGCUCGAGUGGCCAAGCGGACUGCCGACCGUGUCGGAGAUCGAUUCAGCUCGGCUCGAUAUUGACGAUAAGAUUCGGCUUCAUCCUCAUCAGCUUUAAAGGCUACGCGGACCGUCGUUAAUGGAGGUCCACAGCGUUACAGUAUUACCAGCGGACAGGGAGAGGACCGCAGUCGGGUCGGGUUUUUAGCUCUCUAGUUUGUACCAUCAUCAAUAGUUAACACACCAAGCACUGGCGCACGCACGCGUUUUGAGUGAGAUAGCGCACCAAAGACGAACCGCGUGAAGCGGAAAGCUUAGUUUUGUAAGAACAAAUAGCAGAUUUCUCUUUCUUCUUGUUGCACAUAGAGAUAAUAGUUGCAAACCAAUGCUGAUUCCAGGUUUCUUGUGACAGAAUCAGCCUUAGAGACCCUGUUUUCGCUAUCACGUACCGGCACCACGUUCCGACGGCAUCUCCUUCUUAUUCUGCUUUCUCUCGAUGUCUUGAUACGGCCCGUUCCCGUCAACCGUUUCUAGUCUAGUCACACAUAGCGAUAUAAUCGUCCUUUUAGUGAGUGUUAAGCAAACAAAGCAACAGAAACUUUAACCAUUCUCCAAACGGAAACGAUAACAAUAAGCAAUAAGUGCAUUUAUAACCCUUCUCAUCUCCUCUUCGAUGUAUUGGUGGCGGGUGGUUUAAAGGAUCCGAUGUUAUCGUCGUACACAGUUUCAGGCGUGCGAUAACUCACAUUUACAUCCAUUGUACUGUUACUCAGCCAACGACCGCGGCGGUUAUCGGAAUUGUGUCUUGUAUGUGUGCGUGUGCGUGUGACAGUUUUUAAAAAAUUACAUUCAACAGUCCUGUUAACUACGUGAAAUGUGCUGCAUCCGGUUUUUCUAGCGUGUAAAUGAUAAUAAAGUACGUGAAAAACCA